AACCGUUGCGACCCGAACAUCAAAACGAAUCAACAAGACCUUAAGACUAUUACAUUACCAUCUCUUUAAUAGUAUUUUUAUCCAUAAAAACCGAAUUAGAAGAGGAAAAAAAUUGGUUGUAGUCAAAUUCUUCGGUUUUCAAUUAUUGUCGGAUUUUAAGUCCGAUUUCGGUUCCGUAAAAUUUAUUUUCUUCUCAAUCCUUUUAGUAGGCAUCAAAACCAAACAGAGGGCUGGGGGUCAGGCCCGCGUCUAUACCAUUACUCACGAUGAGGCAGCGAACCAUGCAGGUACUAUGUCUGGAAUGCUUUCUAUCUCCAAUUUGCCUGUCUUUGCAUUGUGUGAUACCGAUGCUAUUCAUUCUUUUAUCUCCUCUCGAUGCCUUGAGGCACUAUCUGUUGUUAAUUUGAGCAAAGUCGAUCCUCUUGAGGUCAGCCUAGCCUCGGGAAAGAUCAUUAUUUCUGAUUCUAUAGUCCGUAAUCUUCCUAUUAAUAUUGGUGGACGAAUUCUAGAGGGCGACGUGUAUGUUAUUGAAAUGCGGGACUUCGAUGUGAUCUUGGGCAUGGACUGGCUCACUCGCUAUCGAGCCGACAUUCG